AUGAACAUCAACGAAAGCACAGUCCUGAUUGAUCUUAACUUAGACAUCAACUCUGACAAAAAAAACGGCUUUGAAAUAGUAACUGUAGACCCGGAUACAUUUAAUGUUACACAACAUGAUAAUAUUGGUUCAUCUUAUGGCUUAAUUUCUGGUUAUAUAGAAAAAUAUGUGAUACCUGUUAUAUGUUUGCUAGGACUGAUUGGGAACACUCUUUCCUCAAUUGUUUUCUUACGUAAACCAAUUCGGAAUAGUUCUUGUAGCAUAUUUCUGUGCGCGAGAGGCUUCUCUGAUAAUGGUUUUCUUUCAACGCUUCUGAUAAUUUGGAUUUCCCGAACUUUUCAGUUGCGUUUAGGCGAGAUCCAAUCGUCAUGUCAGAUAAUUAUCUUUCUUACGUAUGUUUUUGGAUGUACAUCAGUUUGGCUUGUUGUAUUUGUCACCGCAGAAAACUACAUCCGAAUAUGUAGACCAUUUAUCGUCAACAGAAUUUGUACGACCAACGUAGCUAAAUGUGUUGUCGGGAUCCUUUUGUUUGUAACAUUAUGUAUCUAUAAUUUUCCUUUCUGGACAAUGAGUCCAGAUACGUGUGUACUUUACGGGCGAUAUCAUAAAACGGUGCAGGUGUUUGUAUAUGCUGAUACGUUUUUAACAUUAAUUGUGCCUUUAAUAUGUAUUACUCUGGUGAUGACGGCCAUUGUAUGCAGUCUCCUAAAAUCUUACAACAGAAGAAGUAGACUACGCGCCCCAACUGCAAAACGAAUCAAAAAUCCUAUGGCAAAAGUUACAAAAAUGUUAUUUGCUGUGACCGUCACAUUUAUCUGCCUAAACUUACCGUCACAUAUUAACCGACUCAGGAUUAUGAUUUCAUCAAUAUUUGAGACCACAGAACAAGGACAGUACACCUCUCGUGAAGGAAUGAUUCAGCAUAUCACGUUACUAGUUUCAUACUUAUCGUUAACUACAAACCUGGUAGUUUAUGUGACUUUUGGAAGCAAAUUUCGCAAAGUGCUCAAAGACAUGUUUCAUAUUCCUGACUUAUGUCUUAAAUCAACGAAUUUAAGAAAUGUUGAAAAUAGCCAAGAGCUUAUACCAAUGAUUAGUUGAGCAAAAUUCAAUUUAUGACAAUUUUUUAGUAAAAAUCUUUGCGGUUGUAUUUAUUUUUUGUUUUGUUUUUUUCUUAUUCUU